UAGGUAAAUACAUGAUGCGACUAUGAACUUAGAGAGCUCUGAAACAGCUAGGUUAGGUUAAGGUAACUUGCUCCUGUCUCCUUGCCGGCCCGUUGCAUUGAUACCUGGGUACCUUGGGUACAGACCAACACCACCAUCGAACUUGAAAUCGCCCACCUCCCUUUAUUGCUCUACACAUAAAACUACGAGAACGAUAUUUAGGCACUACCUGGCGUACUAGUAGUAACUGGUAUCGCGACAUACUUAUUACAAACGUGGGAAUCGAGAGCACCUACUUACCUACUUAAUCUCUAUCUAUCUAUCCACGCAAGAGCUAGGCAAAGCCGCGCGAGAAACAAAAUAUAGAUAGUUACUUACCAGGUUACCUUCUCGCUUUAUCACUGGAAAUUUGCUCACCUACUGGAACACCAUGUCCACGAGCGACCUUGGUCCCCUCGUCCGCCAAUGGGGCCUACGCACAGCGCAGCUCCCUGCGGCUAACGCGUCGCCCGACGAGCUGAAGCCGUUCCUCGCCGCGGUCCUACGAGAAGCUAUCCCGUUUAUUAACGGCGCGGCGCCCAAGAAGAAGAAGGCUGCGCCCGACCACAAGCUCUGGAAGCUGAAGGGCACGCACGCGCACGCAGAUUCGGCGGCCAAAAUCGAGGUCUUGGAACGGGUUGUGUUGAGCACCGAGUUAGACAAGGCUGCUGCUGCGGUUAAUGAAGAAAAGGAAGGGAAGAAGAGAAAAGUGCGCGGUGAGACGUGGUGUUGUCGCCGCAGUGUCCAUGCGAAUGCACGGGAGAAAGGCACUGCUGACUGGGACGAAUUUGAGAAAUCCUUCCGCGAGGAGCACGCCAAGUCGGAGAAGAGCUUUACGCCGGCGUGUCUGGCUGCGCGGCAGGCGGUUGCGUGGGAUUGUGCGGGUGUUGAGGUGACGGUGGAGGAAGAGAAGGGGGAGGAAGGGAGCGGGCUGGCAUGGGGUGGGUUUGGGCUCAUGGUCCUGGAGAUGCGGCAUCGAAUUGGGAAGCCGGUUUUGAAGGACCGCACAUUUCCGGUGCUGCAGAUGACGUGUGGGGCUGUUGGGAAGAAGGAGUUUGUGGUUGUGAGUAUCCCGGUGCCUGACUUUGGGACGGCUUCAGAGGCGAGUGUGUUGGCGAAGGAGAAGGAUGCGCUGAUUGGGGUCUAUGUCAGCGUUGAGAGGAUCCGGAUAUUAGAUGCCGAAGAUAGUGACGAAGAUGCGGGCAAGAUAGAGUGGCUCAUGGCGACAGCGAGCGAUGCGGCGGGUGCAUUGCCGGCGUGGGUACAGAAUCUGGCAGCGCCGGGAGUCAUCUGGAAGGAUGUGCCCCUGUUCUUGGCGUGGAUUGCUAAAGAGAGGGUGAAGAGGCGAAAGGAAAGCGGGAAGGGGAAAGAGGAGGCUGUGGUAGAUGGAGGCAAGAAGCGCGAAGGGAAGAGUAAGGAGAAACAAGGACCACCGCAGCUUUCGAAAGUCGACAAUAUGCCGACGAUCUCGGAGUACACGAACGGGGAUGAAGGUAAUGCGUCAGAGAGCGUGAAGAUCUCGACUGCGGCUUGAAUACAAUAGUAUAAGUGCUUACAAGAUGUAUGAUUUGUAGUUGUAAUGUUCCAAGGUUGAAAGUUGAAUGGUUUACAAAGGUGCAAUACUACUAGGUUAGGUAGUUAGGUACUAUGUAGUAGACUCAUAGUAGUAGUACUGUAGUACUACCUAGUAGUACAUGCGACGUAGUAGAGGCAAUGCAAUUGAAUGACUCUUAUCGAUAGG